UAUAAAGGAAAUUUGUAGCAACAAUUCAAUAACAUGUUUGGUGAUUGACUGCUAAUAUUUAAAUAACUCAAAAUGUAAAAAGCCUAUUUGUCCCAUUUUACCUGAUGUCUCAAAUUACCUGACUUCACCUGAUACUGUGCUUCCUAAUGAGAUGCCUUCCAUCAAGUGCAUGCUGUAACAGGCUCAGCUUCCUAUGAACUUGAACAUGAAAAGCUUGUAAGAAAAAUAAAUGCACAAACUAAUCCUGAUGUUCCAAGAGAAACGGCCACACAGAUUGAAUGCAGUGAAACUGUACUGCUUACCGGUUAACUCCAGCACUCUCUUGUCUCUUUGUUGCAUGCUGACGUCAUCACAUGUUGGAGUGUCCCUCUGAGACAUAAAGCAGGAGGUUAGACGUGUGGUCUUCUCCGUACCGCCACCUUAACAAGCCCCCGGGCUGCACUCCGAGGGGAGCCGCACAUCAAAUCUGUCUUUUCUUACCUCAGCUAGAGGUAUGAUGAGUGAUCUCCCAGAGCAGGGAUCCCCCUCUCCUCCCCCACACAGCGACUCCCCUCCCAUCUCUCUCUGCCACGGCGGCCAGACCAUUGGAGCUCAGCUAUUCUCGCAGUGAACGGCAGAGGGCAACGCCAACAAUCUGCUCUCUGUUUCCUCAAACUGGGCUACAGGUCAUCGCCUUGAUGCUUCACAAAGGACAUCAGAAACAAGACGCAGCCAAGCCUGUGGACUCAAGAUGGACAGGCAUGGCUCGCAGUGUCCGCCUCAGUGCCGGACAGGCCGCUGUUAUCACCGCUGAUCUCCAGGUGCAUCAGCAGCUUCCACUGGAAACAAUGCACAAAAGAGCAAGGAAAACAUGUCUGGUGUCACUGGAGCGCCUCUCCGUGGGAGAACAAUCCGAGACGUGCAUCAUGUUGGACGGCAUAAAAAUUGAAGAUCAUCCCCUGCGAUCGGGACAAGCCACGCUCGGAAUCAUGCUCGGGACUGAAUGUCAUCAUCCAUCCGUGUGUGAAGGAUGCCAGCGUCCCAUCUCCGACCGCUUCUUGAUGAGAGUCAACGAUUCCUCAUGGCAUGAAGAGUGUUUGCAGUGCACCGUGUGUCAACAGCCUCUCACCACCAGCUGUUACUUCAGAGAAAGGAAACUUUACUGCAAACACGACUACCAACAGUUGUUUGCAACCAAAUGCAGCGGCUGCAUGGAGAAGAUCGCCCCCACGGAGUUUGUGAUGAGAGCCCUGGAGUGCGUCUACCACCUGAACUGCUUCUGCUGCUGCGUGUGCGACCGCCAGCUGAGGAAAGGCGACGAGUUUGUCCUGAAGGAGGGUCAGCUGCUGUGCAAGGUCGACUACGAGAGAGAGAAGGACUUACUCAGCUCGGUCAGCCCGGAUGACUCAGACUCAGAGAAAAGUGACGAUGAGGAGUUGGACAUCAAGCCGGAGAAAGGCAUAGGAGGCCAGGGGAAGGGGGAUGACGGAAAGGAUCCCAGGAGGCCCAAAAGACCGCGAACCAUCCUGACCACCCAACAGAGACGGGCCUUCAAGGCCUCCUUUGAGGUGUCUUCAAAACCCUGCAGAAAGGUGAGGGAGACGCUGGCUGCAGAGACAGGACUCAGCGUUCGGGUGGUCCAGGUGUGGUUCCAGAACCAGAGAGCUAAGAUGAAGAAGUUGGCAAGAAGACAGCAGCAACAACAAGAACAACAGAAUUCUCAGAGACUUGGCCAAGAAGUAAUGUCCAAUCGGAUGGAGGGGAUGAUGAACUCCUUCACACCGCUGGCUCCACCGCAGCAGCAGCUGGUCGCCAUGGAUCAGAACGGUUACAGCACAGACCCGUUCCAACAGGGGCUCACCCCCCCACAGAUGCCCGGGGACCACAUGAACCCAUAUGGUAACGACUCCGCAUUCCAUGACAUCGACAGCGACACGUCUUUAACCAGCCUCAGCGACUGCUUCAUGGCGUCGUCGGAAGUCAACUCCAUGCAGGCCCGCGUGGGGAACCCCAUCGAUCGCCUCUACUCCAUGCAGAACUCUUAUUUUGCAUCAUGAAAGAAAAAGAGUGAAGAACGUCAAGCACAGAAUAAACUGCCCAUCUCAAACCUUAAAGCACGGUGGCCAGGAGUUUCUACACUUAAAGCGGACACGGAAGAAGAAACACCUCCUUGCAGUGGCUCCUGGCCUCGUGCGAAGCUUACUCAAAGAUAGCAAAAACCACUUGUAGGACAGUGAAGAUUCCUGGGGAAGACUUGUUAAUUGUUAGAGAUUAUUCAGUAGGAUCGCUUAUCUGUCACAGGAGAUAUUACUCUUUUUGUUUUGUUUUUUUUGUUCACGUAAAGAAAACAAGUAGAUAUUGAAGCCACUGAUUACACACUCUCAAACCAAAUAACACAGUGAAUUUAUACAGUGCAUGAUCAAUUGUAAACUAAAACUUUUUGUAAGCCCCACUCGCCCCUCCUCAUCCCUCCCCUCGGUUAAGAUGUGGUGUUUGGACUGUUUCUUCUUUACACUACAUGGAUUUCCAUGUUCACCGUUAGCAUUUUGAUCACUUUCAAUAGGUUUAGAUAUUGUGUUAAUAGUAAAAUAGGUGCAGCAUGUCUGCAAGAGUGACUGUACAGUUGUGUAUGUAUGAGAGUUUGUGGUGAGAAAGAAUUGUUUAGAGGAGAAAAAAAAAAACGGCGGAGAAUUUGGUGGACAAGUAGGAUCAGUGAAGUGUAAAUACUUUCCCCGGGCAAAUUGGAUGUGCAUGUUAAAAAUGGAAAGCAUUCUAUUUAUUUAACUAUAACAGGCUCUUGAAGGUACAUAUUAAAACUGAAAAGCUUUAUUUAAAAAGGAGAGUGUUUUUUUUGUUGAGCAAUUAGUGAGUUCAUGAUUAUCACGACUCAUCUUUAUGCCUUUUUAAUAUGAAGAUUAACCCUUUUGUUUUUUUUGUUUUUUUGUUUUUUUCUUCAGCCAAGCUGUAAAUGAGCAAUGUGCUAUUUAUUUCGUACAGACCAUAAACCUUUUGUUGUCAUUGUCAGAUGUGCAUUCUCAAAAUGUUAAAAGUUGCUAAUUGACCAAAGUUGACUGGUUUGAUGAAUAAACAAUGUCU